UUGAUACGGACCCACUGUUGUCAUUGGGAGAAGCCCUGUUUUUGCCGCCGCCCCCCCCUCGCUGGGCCCCCGUGUAGAGCCGCCCGCCUCACAGCAGAGUUCAGCCGGGCUGCCUGGGAGAGGAAUGCGCUGGGAUGCGGAGCGGCACCGACUGUAGGAAACCGACGCAAGCCACUCGCACAGUAUGGACAGUAAUGAUCCGUAUUUACACCUCAUGUGUCACCAAGACAUCACUCGCGUCUGAGUACUGGUCCUGAGUGACAGGCGCCCUUGCCUGUGCCGACACUCGCAACUGAAGGCAUGUGGCACCCCGUGGCGUCACCUGCAACUGGAGGAAGCACUGGGAGGGAGAUAGGUUAUGGUCACUACUCUACGGGGCCAAUGAGUGCGGCCCACACCCACCCGCCCCCUAUGGGUGGCAUGGUGGGGCACCCGUCAGUCAUCAGCACCUCCAGGCCCCUGCAGUCCCCCAUGUCCAACCUGGGCUCGCCGAUGAAUGGCCUGGCCUCACCCUACCCCGUCAUCACAUCGUCCCUGGGCUCUCCCUCUAUAUCACUGCCGUCCACGCCCAACAUGAACUUUGGUCCUCUCGGCAGUCCACAGAUGAACUCUAUGAACAGCGUCAGCAGCUCGGAGGACAUCAAGCCUCCGCCGGGGCUGCAGAACCUGGGGAACAUCAACUACCAGUGUACCAGCCCUGGGGGAAUGUCCAAGCACAUCUGUGCCAUUUGCGGGGACCGCUCCUCAGGGAAGCACUACGGUGUGUACAGCUGUGAGGGAUGCAAAGGCUUCUUCAAGAGGACAGUCCGAAAAGACCUCACCUACACGUGUCGAGACAGCAAGGAGUGCCUGAUUGACAAGCGCCAGCGGAACCGCUGCCAAUACUGUCGCUACCAGAAGUGCCUGGCCAUGGGCAUGAAGAGAGAAGCGGUGCAGGAAGAGAGGCAGCGUGGGAAGGAGCGGGGGGAGAUCGAGGUGGAAUCUACCAGCAGUUUCAACGAGGAGAUGCCUGUUGACAAGAUCCUGGAUGCUGAGCUGGCGGUGGAGCCCAAAACAGAGACGUACAGCGAAGGCAGUCCUGGACACUCGACGAACGACCCCGUCACCAAUAUCUGCCAAGCAGCAGACAAGCAGCUCUUCACCCUGGUGGAGUGGGCCAAAAGGAUCCCGCACUUCUCCGAACUCCCGCUCGACGACCAGGUCAUCCUACUACGAGCAGGCUGGAACGAGCUCCUCAUCGCCUCAUUCUCACAUCGCUCAGUCACGGUAAAAGACGGUAUCCUGUUGGCGACUGGCCUCCAUGUCCACAGGAGCAGCGCCCACAGUGCAGGAGUGGGCUCCAUCUUUGAUAGAGUACUGACAGAGCUGGUAUCUAAAAUGAAAGAUAUGCAGAUGGAUAAGACAGAGCUCGGCUGCCUUCGAGCCAUCGUCCUCUUCAACCCAGAUGCAAAAGGUCUUUCGAACCCACCAGAGGUCGAAGGGCUGAGGGAAAAAGUCUAUGCUUCGUUGGAGUCAUAUACAAAACAGAAAUACCCAGAUCAGCCUGGCAGGUUUGCCAAACUGCUGCUCCGCCUGCCCGCCCUCCGCUCCAUCGGCCUCAAGUGCCUGGAGCAUCUGUUCUUCUUCAAGCUGAUCGGGGACACGCCCAUCGACACCUUCCUGAUGGAGAUGCUGGAGGCGCCACAUCAGAUCACAUGACACCAGUCCCCCCCUUCCCUUUGUACAUACUCCCACAUUGUCAGCGAUAUGAAGAUAAAAUUAAGAUUAAAAGACUUGAUUUAAAAUUGUGAAACAGCAUAUUUUGUACCAAGCGAAAACAUUGUAAUUAAAAUUUUUAAAAAAGUAUUUUGAUGUUUGGGAGAGUGAGGCAGAUUGAGUAUACUGUCAAAAUGAAUUCUAAUACAAUUGUUAACAGAUUUCUUUUGUAAAUAGAUAAUUCCAGGUGUCUGUUUAAAAGAAAGCCAAUGCAAUUUUGAAAAGAUAAUAUUUUAUUCAAAGAGGAAUUGAAUAAGAACAGAAACCAUCCCUCACUUUGAGAAUUCUUACAGAAUAAAGUUAUUUAAAAACG